CAGAAUCGAACAGUACUGUUCAGUUGUGUCUGCGACACUUUUAGUUUACUACUUUAUGCUACAAACGGACAAGGAGAUUAAGUACUUCUGGACUACACGCUGUACUACUGCAACAUUCAUCUUCUUUGCAAAUCGCUUUUUCGCAGUGUUAGGCGCUGUUUCACGCAUUAUCUGUAAUGGGUUCAAAGAAACUCUGGAAAGGUGUUUUAGUUCAUUCUGGAUAGGCACGAUCAGUACUUGGCUCACGACUGUUUUAAUCGAUUAUAUUCUACUAAUGCGGGUUGUUGCACUAUACAACCAAGACAGGAGACUAGAAACGUGGUUAAAAGUCAUCCUAAUCUCGCAAGCGGCUGCAACGCUUGGAGUUCUCGUUUAUUACACGUAUUUGGAAAAUGUAACCGUCAGGAGUCUUGCGACAGGCGUAACAAUCUGUGGCCUGAGUAUAAGACCCCCAUAUGAGUUAGUAAUUGUGUGGGUGUUACCGAUUGCGAACGGAUUUCUUUUACUCUGUUUGGCGGUCUACAAAGCAGUAGAUAUUCAAAAACACACGACUUUCAAGGGCCUUCAACUCGUCAAGGUUAUUGUCCAAGGUCAAGCCAUAUAUUAUUGCUUCUUCAUUGCGGUUGGAGCUCUGAGAAUGGGCUUCCUUAUUACCAACAAUCCACAGACUGCGAUCAUCUUGUUUGGAAUCGGGAGUCCUGAGCUCCUAUGUAUUCUUGGUGAUCAGCUAUUGAUCAACUUGAAGGAGGCUGCAUGCUGCGAUGUGAACAUACAGUCGAAUUAUUGGUUGUCUGGAGCGAGUGAUGACAUUGAACUUUCGCAGUUUUCUUGACGUCAAAAUUGGAACGACUGGUUAUACUGUGAUUGUUUUUAUAUUUGUUUUGACUAGUGUAUAAACAUGUUUAUCUAUUUCUAUUUCCACAUGUACUAUAUUUGUCAC